ACUCGGCGGAGGUGGAGUGGCACGCUCGCCGGCCUGGACUCUUUGGCUCUCGAUAAACAGACUCUGCAUCGGACUCUGCUCGCACAGCGCAUAGUUGUAGCACCAGACUCUGUUCGUGAGCGGCUCGACCGCAUCACUGUUGCGCGUGUGCUUGUGUUUUUUUGCCGGUCGGGUGCGGACUGCGCUCGUCGUCGUCAUCGUCCCACGCACGCAACCGUCUGACAGAAGCCACGACGAUGCAGCAGCCGCCGCAGCAGUUCUGCUUGCGCUGGAAUAAUUACCAGAGCAACUUGACCAACGUCUUCGACCAGUUGCUGCAAAGCGAAUCCUUCGUGGACGUGACGCUGGCCUGCGAGGGACACAGCGUCAAGGCGCACAAGAUGGUGUUGUCGGCUUGCAGCCCGUACUUCCAGGCGCUCUUCUUCGACAACCCCUGUCAGCACCCCAUCGUCAUCCUGAAGGACAUCAAGUGGCCCGAACUGAAAGCCGCCGUCGAAUUUAUGUACAAGGGCGAGAUCAACGUGUCGCAAGAGCAGAUAGGCCCACUGCUCAAAGUGGCAGAGUCGCUCAAGAUCCGCGGCCUGGCGGACGUGGGCAGCGGCGGGGGCGGUGGCGGCGGAGGCGGCGGCGGGGGCGGAGGCAGC